AGACAAGCAGAUGUCGCCUCCGUUCCCCUCCCAUCGUCCCUUUCGCAAGCCUCACCUGUAGAAAUGGCUGUUGCGCCGCCAAAAGUGAAGAGGGCCGUCAAGGCAGGGCAGAAGUCCAAGGGGAAGAAAAAGAAGGUGCAGACCAAGUUCACGAUCGACUGCACACAUCCCGUCGAGGAUGGGAUCAUGAAAGUGGCCGAAUUUGAGCACUACCUCAAGGAGAGGAUAAAGUUCAACGGCAAGACCAACAACCUGUCUGGAGUCAUUGUGGUGGACAAGGACAAGAACAAGGUCUACGUCACGGCCGAGGUCCCCUUCUCCAAAAGGUACCUGAAGUACCUAACGAAGAAGUACCUAAAGAAAAACAACCUGCGGGACUGGCUGCGGGUCGUGGCCACAACCAAGGACGCCUUUGAGCUGCGCUACUUCCAGAUCAACAACGAGGAGGAGGAAGACGAAGAGGACAAUGACUAGACCUUCCUUCCUCACUCCCGCCUCUCGCCCAUCCAUUGGAAUAAAAAGGCAAAAACCCUCUCAAAA